GUGACUAUACUUAUUAUAUGAUCAAUAGUACGCGUUUAAUUAUUUUGACAUACGCACUUGCAUAUAUACGUUUAACUUCAAGAUAUGUAUUCGUUCUUUUUUUAAUGCCUUAUAUUAUUAUUAUACCUACAGAUUAUCACAAAUAAGAUUACUGAUAAAAAUGUUAUUACUACAUUAUUAAUAUAAUUGAUAAUGAGUGAUCAUGAAAAUAAAUUCAGUGUUUGGUAUUUUACUCAUCAUUACCUCAGUAUUAGCUGGCAAAAAAAAUAUUAUAAAAACUUCUCAAAUGGAAUCCUGGAUAUCAACGGGCAAUUUUACGACGCUAAUUAAAAGAUCAUUCUUUUAUUCUACGUGCUGUAAUAUCUUUUUAAGUGAAUCGAUUCACAAUGAAGUGCUAUUCCGUCAAUUUAUAAAUAUUUAUCCGUAUGAAUAUCUACUGCGUCAAAAUAUGUAUGAAUGCCAAAGCUACUUUGUACUUGGAUCGAUGGAUGACGAAAUAGAAAAAGAUAUACAAAAAAUACCCUCACAUAUAUCAACGACAGAAAUUCUCAUUAUUGUUAAUGGUGAAUUGAAAAAUAAUUCAAGACUUUUGAAUGUUUCUUUAUAUGAAAAUUCUAAUGCAAACAUCGUAUCAAAAUCCGGAAUCUGGACUUUAUCAAAAAAUUACUUGAGGCCCAGAUUCUUUCUAAAUGUGAACAGUUACGAGGACUUGACAUCCGAACUCGAUAUAAUUAAUUUAAAAGGUCGAGAACUACAAGUUUGUACGUUUUAUCAGCCACCCGUUUCUUAUCUUUAUAGAACGACCAAGAAAAUAAUUAAUGGUAUCGAAGAAGAAGUUUUCCUAACAGAUAAUGACAAAGAAAUGGAUGGGAUAGAAAUACAAAUAUUUCUGCUUAUAGCGGAAAAGUUGAAUUUUACUUGGACACUAAGAAAACCGCAAGGAACUUACAGAUACGGUCGACGUGUAAAUGAUACAUAUUGGAAUGGUGGUGUCAUUCAACUUUUAAUGGAAAAAAAGAUUGAUCUAGCAUUCGGCAGCAUCUGGUUAACGCCUAAUCACAGUAAUUUUGUAAACAUGUCAGAACCAUGGUAUCAGAUGUUUAUGCAUUUUUUGGUACCCCGACCGCGACCAAUCACCAAUUUCUGGGCACUCACGAGACCUUUUCCAAUAGAUUGUUGGCUACUUCUAAUAAUCUUGUUGAUCGCAAUGAGCAUAUAUAUGUGUACACGUGCUAGAAUUGAUCCAAAAUUUCCGAAACGUUUUCGGAGUAUUAUCUGCACGAUUACAGAAUUAAUAGGUCGUUUGUUAGGCACGUGGGUACCCAGAAACACCGCCAAUGCUAGGUUCGAACUGCAUUUAUGGCAAACUGCAGGGGUCGUAUUAGUGACCGCUUAUUGUAGUAGUCUUGCAGCCAGACUCGCGAGUUCAGAAUACGAAAACAGAAUCGACACAGUAUAUCAAUUUCUCGAAGCAAAUUUAACAUGGAGUCGAAAAGUAGAACCAAAUUAUUACGACUACUUCGAUAUGAAUGAUCCUUAUUCAAGUCAAUUACCGAAAAAAUACGUAACUAUAAAGGAUCCUAAAAUGUUACAAACAUUAAUCAAGAAGGGUAAUUAUGCAAUUAUCGGAAAAAUUAUAGGAUCGAUCUUCUUUCCUGAAGAUCAAAUUUCUAACGAGGAUCUUAAAAACUAUAGAUUGAUGAAGCAAAUGAUAGGCAACUAUUACUCAGCUUUUGCAGUCCAACCAUGGCUAUUACGACCGGUUGACAAGAUUAUAGCAUGGUUGAGAGAGUCAGGCAUUACUUAUUUUCAUCUAAAUGAUGUCCUUCAUCGAAAAGCUAAUUUCAAUCUUCGCGAAGUGCUGAAAGAAUAUGAUAAUCUCGACAAAAGCGCCAGGGUCUUAGGAUUAAUGCCGUUAGGCGCCGGAUUUACAGCGCUCAUUGUGGGUCUUCUAAUAUCUACAAUAAUAUAUUUCUAUGAAUUGAAGCAAGCUGCUGGUUCGCGAUCAAUUCGCGAAGUUUUUCGAGAAAUACAAAAGAGACGAGAGGGAUAUGAAUUAUUAGCGUAUAAGAGAAAGAUAAAGAGAAAGAAAAGGAGUAUCGGAGAGAAAUUGAGUUAAUACACAGUUCGCACACACACACAAGCAAUAAAAAUUUUAAUUUACCUGUAAUCAGGUCUGUCGAAUACAUUGUAAAUACCGAAUUUGCGCAAAAAUCCAAAGAUAAAAUUUCUUAUAAUUUACAUCACUA